GUGUAAUGUGGCAUGAAGUAGAACCGGUGAUGCGGUAGGUACUGACAGUACUGUAUACGACAUUUCACCACCUUUUACUCAGUGCUUUUUAUUUUAGAACAAAUUAUUUACACUUCCACCUGCCUAUUGAUUCUUUCAUUUUUCUUUCAUUCUUGCUUGUCUUUUUGUCACUUGUCCUUUCUUUCUUUCUUUCUUUGUUUUUGUUUGUUUGUUUCUUUCUUCUUUGUCCUUUUUCUUUUUUUGUCCUUUCUUUCUUUUUCUUGUUGAUUUAUGCGCUCUCUCUCUCUCUCUCCCUCUCUCUCAGGGUGGUGGUGGUCAGUGUGCGGACAGUCAGACUGCAGCCUUCAGCAGCGCUCCCGUUUACAGUUCGGCUAAACCGGCACAGAAGCUGAAGAGCUGCAGCAGCACCGUGACUCUGAGCGAGCUGAGCGAAUACGACAAGGUCAUCAUCCCCAAAAAGACCCGCAACUCCAAGAAAGGCCAGGAAGCAGGUCAAACAAAAGCCAAAGGUCAGAAGCUUAAGUGCAGUUUCUGUGACGAGGUUACUCAGGAUAAAGAGAACACAUCCAGCGAGCAAGAGCACGGUCCGAGUAAAAGUCGAGCGUGAGAGAUCGGGGGGAAUGCGCCAGGGCUUCCACGUGGAGUCGGUGCAAUCGACGAUUUCAAAACACCGGUACGGAUCGUCCUUUAUUUUCUAUGACAUUUUGCUUAUGUGCCGUUUUAUUGUGGAGAUAACAGAGCGAUCUUCUGGUGCGACGACUCAGGCGCUCGUCUAACGCACACGUGCUCUACGUGUCCGAUUGCGGCGCUCCGAGAUAAAACUGUCCACUGGAUAUCGUGGCAGUUUAGUACCGAGUAUACAUCGUGAUCUCGUACGUACCGGUGUAAAACACGAACUCCUAGGAUACUUCGUUUUAAACCGCAGUACGUUUGUGUAGAGAUGACUUUUGGUAUCGCUUUUCCUCUCCCGAUACUGAUCCUGAAAGCUUGCGCGUCAGCAGAUUAUCGAUACCCGUUCCGGAUUUUUCUUCAUCACUACUGAGCUCUAAAAUGAUUAUUUAAAAAAGAAACCUUAAAUACUUCCGCUUCUGUCCCUCUCCACGGCUCGAUCACAGAUUUAACGUUUCCUGUGGGUUUUUUUCUUUCUCUUCUCCCCCUUUUUCAGACAUUUUAUUUGAUCAGUUUCUGCGCUUCUAGUUACUAAAUUUCAGCUCUGCACUAGUUUGUACAGAAAAAACAGCGCGUCGUCAUGUCUAGAAUAGCGGUUUUAAAUCCUCUUGUUUGUUUGUUUGCAGAUGAUGAUGACGUCUUCCUGUGUGGGAAGUGUAAGAAGCAGUUCAACUCCUUGCCGGCGUUCUUGACUCACAAAAGGGAGCAGUGCCAGCAGAACACGCCCUCGCUCGCCACCGUGUCACUGGCGUCCAGCAACACUUACACGCCUGUACCCUCGGUCAGCGCCGUGCCACAACCUCCGGCCAACAGACAGGUGUCGACGUACAUCACGGUGCCGCCGGCUCCUCUCACACACACCUUGGUGCAGGGGAACGUUCUGGUGAGCGACGAGGUUCUCAUGUCGGCCAUCUCGGCGUUCACGUCCAUGGACACCCCAGUCACGGCCAUGCAGGCUUCCUCUCAGAGUAAUUUGAGCCUGCCCAGUGCAGCAUCAUACCUGCAGCACCAACCACAGGCCUCUCAGCCCCUCCCACUGGCCCAGGCUCCACCCCUUUCUGCACAGGUUCCCACCAGUAUCAACAGCCCAAUAGUGCAGGUGUACAGCACACUGCCCCCGAUGGCUGGAGGAGGAAACGCAGAGGUCCACACACUCGGCCUCCAACAGUUCCAGUCUGUUCAGGGUGGUGGUGGUCAGUGUGCGGACAGUCAGACUGCAGCCUUCAGCAGCGCUCCCGUUUACAGUUCGGCUAAACCGGCACAGAAGCUGAAGAGCUGCAGCAGCACCGUGACUCUGAGCGAGCUGAGCGAAUACGACAAGGUCAUCAUCCCCAAAAAGACCCGCAACUCCAAGAAAGGCCAGGAAGCAGGUCAAACAAAAGCCAAAGGUCAGAAGCUUAAGUGCAGUUUCUGUGACGAGGUUACUCAGGAUAAAGAGAACACAUCCAGCGAGCAAGAGCACGGUCCGAGUAAAAGUCGAGCGUGAGAGAUCGGGGGGAAUGCGCCAGGGCUUCCACGUGGAGUCGGUGGAAUCGACGAUUUCAAAACACCGGUACGGAUCGUCCUUUAUUUUCUAUGACAUUUUGCUUAUGUGCCGUUUUAUUGUGGAGAUAACAGAGCGAUCUUCUGGUGCGACGACUCAGGCGCUCGUCUAACGCACACGUGCUCUACGUGUCCGAUUGCGGCGCUCCGAGAUAAAACUGUCCACUGGAUAUCGUGGCAGUUUAGUACCGAGUAUACAUCGUGAUCUCGUACGUACCGGUGUAAAACACGAACUCCUAGGAUACUUCGUUUUAAACCGCAGUACGUUUGUGUAGAGAUGACUUUUGGUAUCGCUUUUCCUCUCCCGAUACUGAUCCUGAAAGCUUGAGCGUCAGCAGAUUAUCGAUACCCGUUCCGGAUUUUUCUUCAUCACUACUGAGCUCUAAAAUGAUUAUUUAAAAAAGAAACCUUAAAUACAUGGCUAAAAACACAACUUGCACACAAUUGCAGCUUUUUU